UCAUUUCUUUCAUUCCUCUAGGCAUAUGAAAAAGGAGUAGAGAUAUUAUGGCAGACAACAGUCAAGGUAACUGACAAUUGCUUGAGAAAGGACUAUAUUCCAUCCAAAUGAGCACACACAUCUGCGAUGAACCUACAAUGUCAGAAGAGACAGUCUUCCAUAUGGCGACAAAGGACAUGCCAUCUGCAUAUGUGGUUCAGCAUGCAGAUGAGCAGAACACAGCUGAAAAUAAUACUGCAAGUGAGAAAAUGGACAGCUUUAUGCAUUUGCUUGAAAAGUUGGGCCUUAGAGAUUCUUACCUCGAAAAGAUGACAAAAAUGGAUGUUCUUGUUAUAAACAGUUUAUCUCUGAGUAUAAAUCAGCCUACCACAGAGAAAGAAUUGAGCAACCUUUAUCUCUAUAAACUCAUGACAUUAGACUACCAAGCCAGAUAUCUGCGUGUAGAACCUGAGGCAGGUAGCAUGUCUUUAAAUGAUGGUGGAGUAAUUGCUGAGGAUGAGGAUUUUUUUGAUUGUGGUGAUUCAACUGUCCAAAAUGUGUGCAGCAAUCUGGAUCAAAUUCAUCCAAUGGAUAUUCACAUGGCCAUAUUCCACUGCUCGAGUGACUUUUUGCGUGAGUAUGUUUUUGCUAAACUCUCUGCUUGUCAGUUUAGCCUGCCCAUCUUAGUUCCCAACCCCUGUACAGAAGAGCUGGAAUUUCCUUCCUGGGCAUUGCAGAACAUUCGAAAAUCAUGGCAAAGCAAAAAUGGAUCUGGAAAGUACAAUAACAUUAGAAUGUUCGAUAUUCCAGAACCAGUUGUUUCCUUCAUUAGAUUAGGAUCAUCAAAUUCCAACUCCAAGUCCCAGAUAUUGAAUGCUGUCAUUUGUAAUCAAAGGCACAAUGUUUUUUUUCACCGUCACUGCUGGGACAGCACUUCAAACAGCUUGCUCAUGAAUGGAGUCGUGGAGAUUGCAUGGUAUUGUCCUGGAGGGAAGAAAGAUGACAUAUUUGAUGACUGUGUGGCCUUUCUAAACCUCCAUGGUGAUGCAGCAGAGCAUCCAAAACAACUUGAGUUUCUUCAGGCAGUAAGUACUGUCAAUGUGCUUCUGUUUUCAGAGCAUCCUAUGAGUGAAGCUGCAAAAAAGAUUUCCCGGGAACUUUCCCAGUCUCCUGUGCCCUUGAUCUGUUUGUUCUCUGGGAAAGAACUCGUUCAGCAGUCCAAAAAUAGUACCAAAGUUAGGCUAGCUGCAAAGAACAGGAGUCAUGCUGCACUUACAAAUGAACUGAUUUUAAAUAUCAAACACUGCAUUAGUGAAAAUAAACAGGAAAAAAGCAUUAAGAUGUGCUAUGAUAUUGCAAUUCAGAAACAGUUCAAAGUGAAUGAAGACCAGAAUACACAUCAAGAAGGGUAUGCACAGGCUCAGACCUUAAUUAGUCUUUUGGAGGAGAAAAUCUCAUCCACCCGGAAGGAGAAACUUUUGCCUCUGCAAGGUGAAUUGUGGCAUGAAUGGUGUAGGAAAAACAAAGAGCGGUAUCGCUUGCGGUGCAAAGAAAAGGAAAGCAUUGAACAGCAGCUGAGUGAAAUCUCAUCUAAAAUGGAAGCAAUCCGAAAGAAUCAGCUAUUUAAGGCCACACCUCUUAAUGACUUUGUAAGAUCAUUCAUAGACUGCUUAAAUACACCUAGUAGUUCCCAAGACACAAAACUGUACAUGUUGCAGUGGCUCGCAAUCCUCCUGGAUGAUCUUACCACUGAUGAACUUGCAGGACUUGAAGUGGAAUAUCACUCAACCUGGAGAAAAAUGAGAGAAGUACCAAAGGACAAGGAAAAAACACAUGUCAAUCAAAUGCAAUCAAAACUCAAGAGCAUAUCUGACAAAAUGGCUGAUACAAUCAUUGGCAUUCAUCAUCUUAUGAGAGAGGUUGGUCAACUGUGUGAGACCAGUGAAUCAACACCAAAAUCAUCUACACCAACCAAACAAUUUGCCACUAUUCUGCCUAAAAUAGGGGCAGAUAUGCUGGUUUAUGGGUGUCCAAUUGAGCUAAUGGAUGGAGAUGCUACCCAUGUGCCUUUAACAUGGAUUGAAGCUGUUAUGGUUGAACUUGUAAAAAUUCUUGGAGAGAGAAAGUUAUUUGUUCUGUCCAUUCUAGGACUUCAGAGCUCUGGGAAAUCCACUCUGCUGAACACCAUGUUUGGUGUUCAGUUUUCUGUGAGCGCAGGAAGGUGCACCCGUGGAGUCUUCAUGCAGCUCAUACCGGUGGACUCCAGCAUCAGAAAUCAACUUGGAUAUGACUUUGUCCUCAUUGUGGACACAGAGGGUCUCCGAUCACCAGAGCUCAGUACAUCAGUGAACCAUGACAAUGAGCUUGCCACUUUCAUCAUUGGAAUUGGUGACAUAACUGUAAUUAACAUUAUGGGGGAAAACCCAUCCGAAAUGCAGGACAUUCUCCAGAUUUGUGUGCAGGCUUUCCUGCGGAUGAAACUGGUCAAAAUUACACCAAGUUGCAUUUUUGUACAUCAGAAUGUUGCCGAUGCGUCGGCUGGAGAAAAGAACAUGGAAGGGAAAAGACGUCUCCUGCAGAAACUUGAUGAUAUGGCUACCAUAGCAGCAAAGGAAGAGAACAUUGAUGGCAUUAAUGAAUUCAGUGAUGUAAUACAGUUUGACAUUGAAUCCCAAGUGUUCUACUUCAAGAAUCUUCUGGAGGGGGAUCCUCCCAUGGCCCCACCAAACCCUUCCUACAGCCAGAAUGUGCAAGAGCUGAAGACUAAGCUGCUAACAAUUGCAGAGUGGAAACCAGAGCAUAAAUUUUCCUCAUUUUCAGAAUUCAGAUCACGGGUUGGUGACCUUUGGAAAGCACUUUUACAAGAGAACUUUGUUUUCAGUUUUAGAAACACAGUUGAAAUGAUGGUGUACACUUCUCUGGAAGAAAAGUAUGCAGCGUGGACAUGGGAGCUGAGAAAAUAUGCUCUGGAGAUGCAAAGCAAACUGUGCAACCAGAUUGGCAGCAAUUUGAUUCAGGAUGUGAAUGUACCAGACCUGACGGAAGAUUUUAACAAUCAAGUCUACAAUCAACUGCAACAGGAGAUCCAGAAGUAUUUCACAGAAGACAAACAUAAAGAAACUCUAAUAACAUGGAGGGCGAACAUUGACAAACGUUUCAGCAACCUAAGAACUGAGCUCAUUGAUGGGACAGUAAAGAAAUGCAAAGAACUGGUUACCUUCAAGAAAAACAUAUCAGCACUAGACCAGAAAAAAACUGAAUAUACAGCACAGUUAACCAAGCAGAGCAAAACCAUAGCAUCCAAUCUAAAAACACAACGGCUUGAUGACAUGCAGGUGACAAAAGAAUUUGACAAACUCUGGAUGAACUGGACAGCUGAUGUAGACAAAGCAUACACCCCCAAUGAGUGUGUGAAUGUAAAAGCUGUAGUGGAGGUAAUCCUCCAAAAUUACUUUCAAAAACAGCCAGAUGUCUUUCAGAAAAUAAAAGGUGAAACAGGGAUGUUUGAGUUUGACAAGAAAAAACAUGUUUCUCAAAAUUUUAUUCAGAAGAUAAAAAAAUGGGGGCAGGAUUUCUCUAAACAAGUUCAACAAGAAGUGGAUCAUGCUGUCACAAAAUAUGUCACUGCAAAAGAAAAGAGCAAGGAAGAUUUUAAUGAAAGCUUCAUCUAUGAGAUAUUAAAAACUAUUGAGAUGACCAUUGCUGAAUUUGAGCACUCCACAGGCAAGCUUAAGUUCACAAAUGAAUUCAAGGCAGACCUGUCCAUUCAUAUUUGCCUUAAAUAUGUUUCAAGGUUUCAGAGGAUGCAGGAAACCUUUAAGACAUCAAACCAUCCACUGACAUAUCUACAAAGCCAAAGAGGCAACUAUCUCCAAGCAUUCAGAAACUAUUGCAAAGGAGCAAAUUCUGUAACAAUAUUUGUAGAUUUUCUCUGUAAACACAUCAAGCCAGGAGUUCUGGUUGCAGUGAAUGAUAAAACCAGUCAGCACAUUGCAGGUGAAAUGAAAUCCAAGAAUCCAGCGUUAAACAGCAAUAGAUCAAAUCUUGAGAAUCACAUAAUGAAACAUCUGGCAACUAAGGAGGACUUCAGCUCAUUUGCUGAAUACAUUGACUUCCCAAAGAUAUAUUUUGAAAGAUUUAUCCAAGAAGAGACGAAUAACUUUUGCAAUGAUACUGGAAAACUGCGUAUGAUGCAUGAGGAAAAUCUUGGAACCCUCAAAAAUCUGAUUUUAUCAGCAAGCACAGAAGCAACCAGAGAAGUGGAAGAUAAGAAAAGAAAUGCAUCCAUGUGGCUUGACUGCUUCUGUAAAACAUUGGGGGAGCACAUGGUAAUAAACAGAAAGGAUUUGCAUACCAUUGAAAAUGAAGACAUUGAAGACUGGCAGUUUUUCAAAGAUGUGAUGGCCAUGUCUCUCGAUGAAAUUUUGAAGGAUGAAAAAGCAAUUGACAUGGAAACUUUGAGAAAGAAACCAGCUGAAUACCUCUUCAACCAGCUGCAGGGGUGCUGGGCUCAGUGUCCUUUCUGCAAAGCCAUCUGCACAAACACCAUCCCCAACCAUGAUGGAGAACACAGUGUAACGUUCCACCGUUGUGAUGCACUUGCUGGCUGGCACCCCAGGGGCACAGAUCAUUUUUCAAUCAAUUUCUGCACCACAGCAGUCAGCAGUGAUCAAAGAUUCUUUCCUCGUUGUAAUGAGAAUGAGAGUAUCCCCUACAAGACAUACAGAAAUGGUGGAGACCCUUACAAUAAAUGGAACAUUACUCCAGAUGGCAGUGUGCAGCGCUACUGGAAAUGGUUCAUCUGUGAAUUUCAGGAACAACUGGAGAAUAAACAUAAAUUUAAAUUUGUGGGUGCUGGUGCAAUCCCAAAUGAAUGGAAAACAUACACAAAAGAAUCUGCUUUGGCAGAGUUAGAAUAAUUGAGGAUGAGCACACAUGCACCCAGCUUGCAUAACGUCAUUUAGUCUGCCAUUGAAAUUGAACUACAUGUUAUGCAGUGGAGUUACUUAAGUUAAUGUUUUUAUAUACUGCCGAACAAUCCGCUAAUCUAACUGUUUUACUGGAGGUGAAAGGAGUAUGAAAAGUCCUGCUAAAAUGAGGUCCUGAACUUUUUAACUGUUUUUUUGUGCAUACAAUUAGAUAAAUCUGAGAGAAAAAAAACAAAAACUUUAUUUUGGACAUAAUAUAACACUUCUUUCUUCACAUUUUAGAGUGAAUUUUUACAAAAUCACUAAUACCACAGAAAGAACAGUAAUCAGACAGCUAGCCUAGCAUAGCAGCAGAUACAAAAAACAAGGUAAGCGACAGUUUGCAGGACAAAAAAGGUCAGCCAGGGACAUACUUUCUGAAGGAGGGACUAAAAACAAAAAUUGAGGACAUUCAUCAACAAAAUAGAGAGCAGAGAUUGAAUAGGGUGGAGAAGCUUCUGUGGUUGGGACGAGUGCAAACCAAUCACCCGGAUGGCAGGAAGUGCAAGUCGCCUAUUGUCCUGUUGGCUGCAGAGUGUAGGACUUUGAACCUGACUCUGGCAGAAACCACAGACAACCACAGAAAGCAGACAACAGAACCACAGAAAACAGACAUUUGACUAUUUUGAUAUAUCAGAAUGACUCAGAAAUUUUGCAAAAAUAAUGUGAUCACAUCAAUAAUCUUCAAUGUUCAUUGUGCAUGUAUAUGUUAAUUCUUUUUUAAAAUCUAUAUUUGAGGAAUAUAAAACAUUUUAUCAAAAUGUGGCAGCCCUACCAUAGGUCAUUCUAUUUUUUUUAUUUUUUUUUUUACAUUUAAUUAACAAAGUGUAAUUCUCUUUUCAAUAUAUAUCAAAGUGUGAUUUUCUUAGAUUUGUUGAGUUUUCUAUAUUAAUGAAUGCAAUUGUAUAUUAAUUAGAACCUGUUCUACAUUAUGACAUAACCAUAUAUAACCAGCAAACAUGCAAAGGAACCUCCCUAUCAAAGACAUUAGGGAUGAAUAAAUGCUUGCAAAGAUGAACAAGAUUCAUAGAUGAUUGGGAGUAGAAAUAACGAAAA